UCUCCAUUAAACCGGCUAUAGUUAGUUACCCAAUAAGAAAAUUAAAUCCACACUCCCCUGACUCUUCACCUAUAUAUAUGUUGUUUCCGUUGCUUCAUACUUAAUUUACAUCUCUUUUCAUAUUCAUUCAUCAACAACAUACACCAACAAAUGGGUCAGAAAGAUGAGAUGAAAAACGACGAUAUCCCUUCUGUCGUUUUGAAACUGGACUUACAUUGCGAAGGAUGCGUGAAGAAGAUCAAACGCGCGGUUCGCCAUUUCGACGGUGUGGAAGACGUUAAGGCAGAUACGCCAAAUAACAAAUUAACCGUUAUUGGAAAAGUAGAUCCUCACAAGGUUCGUGAUAAACUGGCGGAGAAAAUUAAGAAGAAGGUUGAGCUUGUUUCCUCCCCUCAGCCUAAAAAAGACGACCCCGCUGCAGCCGAUAAACCGCAGGAGAAGAAGAAUCACGAUGAGGAGAAGAAGAAACCGGACGAAGACAAAAAACCUGAGGAGAAAAAACCCGAAGAAAAAUCCUCAAAACAGUCGGUUCAAAACACGGUCGUUUUGAAGAUUAGAUUGCAUUGCGAUGGUUGUAUUCAAAAAAUUGAAAAGAUUAUCCUCAAAAUCAAAGGAGUCGAAUCAGUGACAAGUGAUGAAGGGAAGGAUUUGGUGACGGUAAAAGGAACGAUAGAUGCAAAGGAAAUUGUACCAUAUCUGGCGGAGAAGCUGAAGCGGAAUGUGGAUGUGGUUCAACCAAAGAAAGAGGAUGGUAAGAAUAAAGAGAAAGAUCAAAGUGGUGGUGAGAAGAAAGAGGGAGAAAAAGCAAAGGAAGUCGGAACUAAGGUAGAGGUUAAUAAAAUGGAGCAUCAUGGUUAUGGAUAUGGGCAUCAAACUCCUAUGUAUUGGUAUGACGGAUAUGAACCGGGUCAAAAUAGUGGUGGUAGUAGUAGUAGUAACUACGCGAUGCAGGUUCAGCCAGGGUAUUCGAAUCAACAAGUGCACAAUUAUAAUUAUGUGAAUCAAGAAGGGUAUAAUUACAAUUAUGCGAACCAACACCAACAAGGGUAUGAUUAUAAUUAUGUGAAUCAUCAAGGCCAAGGUGGGCAUAUGGUGGAACCUCAAUAUCAAUAUCAGCAACCUCAGUUUUACUUGCAUCCAAAUCAACCUCCUCCACAAAUGUUUAGUGAUGAAAAUCCGAAUGCUUGUUCCAUGAUGUGAGCAUUUUACCAUUGAGGAAAACAUAUUUUUGUUUUUGGAGUAUACAAUACACGUGCAAGUUGUAAAUAACAUUAACAAGUAUAAGUAUUAGUUUAGGAUAAGAUUUUUAUAUAAUAAAUUAGGUUAGAAAAGUAUAUAGUUGAACUGUGCCAUUGGCGCAUGGUUAGUGACGUACGGCCUGCUAGAUGAGAAUCCAGUUUUGGGGAAAAAGACAAAGAUGGAGUAGCUGUUGUUUUUGUUUGUUUGCGUGCUUCUAGUUUAUGCCGUAUUAGUAUUAUAAAAUUCAAUAUAUAAAUAAAUCAUUUUUGGAGCUA